CUUAAUUGCUGAAUUUGUGAUAAAUUUAUAUAUGUUUAUGUGUUGUUCUAUUAUCAAGUGUAGAAUUUCAUAAAAAUUUUCUUUCUUUUUAUAAUAAAUGUUUACUUACCGUGGUGGUUGUUUUUUAUUCAAUUACAAUGUCAGUUCUAAUAGUUACGAGCGUAGGAGACAUCGUUGUGGACUUGCAUACAGAUCUUUGUUCUUCGAAAUGGCCAAUGCAAUUGAGAGGGAAAUCACUACCUUGCAAUUGAAAGAAAAGAAACUUGUUACAGAGAUAAAGAGAACUGCUAAAACAGGAAAUGAGGCAACAACUAAAAUUUCAGCAUGCCAGCUAAUCAAUCUUAGGCAACAAAUAACAAAAUUACAAGCUUGCUUACAACAAAUGUCCCCAGCUAAGCAGACUGAAGAGGAAACUAAAGAGCUAACCAACUAGGUUCAUUGUUUAAUUUUUCUUGUUCUUCUAUUGGUUUAUGUUUUUUAUGAAUCAAGAUGAUUUAUGUUUUUUGUUAUUGUUAAUUGAAUAACACAUGUUGGGUAGUUUGUUUAUUUAUUUAUUUAUUUACUUGACAGGUCCUAGAUGAAAUUGGAGUUGAUGUUGCCUCUCUAGUUAGUAUUCGUAGGAGUUUUUUUUUAUGACUUUAUCUUGUUAGUUGAUGCUAUUUUUCAUGUAUUAAAUUGGUUUUGAAUUUGACUUACACUCUUGAUAGUUAUCAGUAUCGCCAAAAGGAAGAAUUGUUGGGAAGACAACCGAGGAUGCU